UCUAAUGUAGAAAAAUAGAGGAAGAAAAGCACAAGACAUCACUCACCAACUCUCCAUGCUCUCGCGUACUCAACCUCUUCCAUAAACCCAACCCUUUCUUUCUCUUACUAUCUUCCAUGGAGGAGUUACUGUUCAAAGCAGAGAAGCCCAACGCCGUCAGAAGAUACAACAACGUCCUCGACGCCGUUUCCAAAACCCUCCGCCUCCUCGAACUCUGCGCCCUCAUCCUCCUCCUCUCCUGGCUCCUCACGCGCCUCCCCUUCGCCCUCCAAUUCCUCCGCACACUCUUCGCCCUCGCCGCCAGCCCCCUCUUCGUCUUCGCCCUCUCCAACGCCAUCAUCGCCGCCCUCCUCGCCCAGUCCGGCCACCCCUCCGCCCCCCCCCUCUUCCUCAACCCCCCGGACCCCCACGCGCCGCCGCCCGAGGAUACCCAUUUCCACGACAAGCAGGUCAUCUCCGAGACCCUCCACGACCGCCCCACAUAUCACCGGACUCACUCCCAAAAGACGCCGGGAAAUGCACCGCCGCGCCGGAGACAGCUCCGCCGCGCCGAGACCGACACCCAAAAACGGCGCCAAAACUCGCCGCAAAUUUUGUACCCGCAGGACAAGCUUAGCAAUGAGGAGUUCCAGCGCGCCAUAGAAGCCUUCAUCGCCAAACAGUUAAGGUUUCUGAGGGAAGAGUCUUCUUCCGCCAUUGUUCUUCAGAAUCCCUCGUAGAUUCUUAAACCCAGAAAAAAAAAAUCACAAAAAAAUAAUAAUAACUGCGCUGAAUAAUCACAAUCCUUCUUAAUACACGGCAAUGGCAGGCACUACCUGUUUCUUUC